AGCAACAUCUCCAGCCCGUCUGGGCUGGCAUCUGCCCUCAACGACUUCUCCGAGAAUGUCUCUCCCCUUUUCUAUAGCCCCAACGGAGGGGUCUAUAUCAUUUGAGCCCUUCCUUCCCUAUCGCGUCGAAGCAACAGCCAGCCAUCCCAGACAGGACACGCACAGCUUCGCACCGAUCAAUCCAAAUCAAAUCAUCCGAUCUGAUACACAUAUCAAGAAGACAACCGAAGAAGAAGUGAAGAAGAGGAAGAGUCGCUGAUUUCGUUACAAUUUCCAUUUCUCAUCUUCCGCCGCCAAAAUGCUGUUCGAAUUCCUCGCUACCGAACUCGUCUCCCACGUCUACUUUUCCUGCUCCUCCGUCACCGACGUACUUGCCCUCUCCGCCACUUGUCGUCGUUUCCGCGACAUCUACGCCUCGUCCCAGAAACUCGCCAUCCUCGAAGAAGCCGCCGAGGCCCAGUUCGGGCCACUAAAGGACCUCACGCAGCUCCUUACGCACAAUGCUAGCCAGCCAGCACACAUCAUCCGCUCAGUACCCUUCUCGAUCGCCUUGCUUAAGCAGAUUGUACACGCCGGUCGCACCGCCGAGAAAUGGUGCGAGAUAUACCCGUUCAAGAAGUGGAAGUACAACUACGAGCGGCGGCGGCUCUUGACAAGCGAUGAAAGGUACCGUUUACGGCGGGCCAUAUACCGCCUGUGGCUAUACUCCCGUGCAUUCCACAAUCGCGACCACCCGCGCGAGCUGCGCGCGUCGAAGCUCGUCAUCCAGAAGCGCGCCGGCCUCUUGCACAACUGGAGCACCUUGGAGCUCGCGGAGAUUGCGGACGUGCACAACGUGCUCCGUGAAGUGGUCCAUAGCAACAUCUGCCCUUCAAAUGGGACCAUCGCUCGCAAGUUCAAGAAGCGGUACCCGGACCACGAGCACUCCCUGCUCUUCAACAUCCACCUCAAUUACCCCCCGCCCUCGCAGACUCCGCCCGCCUACAACCCCUUCACUGCUCAAUAUCACGCAACAGCCAACACGCUGUCAUCGCACUUCCACAGCACCCAGACAUUCAGCACGCGCUAUGCCUCCUCAAAGUUCAGUCUCCACCCGAACCACGAGGUGGGCGCCGAAGGCUGGGGCGACGACAUCCCGCACUACUAUGUCGUCGAGGACAUGCUGAAGCUGGAUCCCGAGCAGAUUAUGUUCCUGAAGGAGAAUGCGCCUCUCAAGGGCAUGGUGGAGGGCUAUGUGCGCGGGUUGGGCGACUGGUUCGAGAACAACGGCGAGACGUGGGUGCAGACGCUGGAGUGGGUGCUGGAUGAGCGCGGAGAGGACGUUGCGGAGUUCAUGGGCGCUGUUGCGGAGGGGGAAGUAGGGGUCGCGGUUUGAAGAGGUGGUCGGGAUUCUAUUCGACGGGAGAUUAGUGUAGAGCUGCUUCUUUAGGGUUAGAGUAGAGAGCAUGCAUAGCGAGCGUAGAAUUUAGCUGUUCUUUCGUGGCUAUGCC